AUGCCAGAACUCCACGACACGUCUUUAGCCCCGUAUGCCAUAUCCAACGACGUGCCGCCUAUGCACCUGCACCUUUCCGCCAAAGCCCAUCUCAAAAAGCUGGAGGGAGAUCUCCACAUGGCUAGAAAACGUGUCGAAGAGCUGAAAGAAGCACUCGCAAGGGCACAGGACGAUGUAUUGGCUGCAGAAGCACGGGUUCAACCAUACCGACAGUUGACGUCUCCUGUGCGAUGGCUUCCACACGAACUCAUAGCCAGAAUCUUGUUUUUCACCCUCGACCCGUUCCCCUGGUUUCCGACACGUGAAUGGAUUCGGCUGCGUUUAGUAUGCAAGAAGUGGAAGGCCGUCGUCGACUCUUCUCCCGAGUUGUGGAGAACACUUUACCUGAGCGUCUGGCUGGAGGAUUCAUGCACAUCUACAAUGCGUAUAUUGCAACGUUGGUUCUCCCAUGCUGGAGAUCAGAGCCUGGGCCUCAAGAUUGAUUUACCCGAACAAUAUUUGCAUACCGAAGACUGGGGGGAAUUGGCCGCCUUCCUCCGGAGCAAGAGGUGGAAGCAGUUAGGUCUCCGAGGAACAUCCCCGGAGAUCCUCGAGGCCGCGUUCCCCGACAGCUACGAUUCCUCUGCGUUGGAGACCCUUGAAGUCAUUUGGGUGGGACAACACGGGAAGUUAAAUGCCGACCAUCCAGUCUACCUACAAUUUCCCUCCUUCCUUCAACGCUUUUCCCAGCUGAAGCAACUGUCCAUUGAAUGGCGCAGGUCUAAGCCACCCCCAGAAGUACCCCAGUUCCCCUGCCUCACGUUUCUCAGUCUGGGAGGACGUGUGCCGAAAGACUAUGCCCGACGCUUUUUGCAAGCCCAACCAUCCUUGAAGGAAGCGGUCAUUGGACUCGGCAAUAUGGAUUCCGACAGCACAAGUGAUGAAGACGCGGAUACUCCAGUUGGCAUCAAGCGCCUGACCCUUACAACCCGAGAGUGGGAGUUGAACUACAUGCCACAUCUGGAGGAAUUAUUCCUGCAGCAGAGGUGGUAUCCCCGCUUGGCGUCGUUUAACCCCAGGAGUCCCUACUCCCUCUCCAAUCUCACCAAAUUGCGCCACGUUGAUUUGCGCCGUGCUGGUGAUCUGACUCCGGAGCGCACGGCCUUGCUCGUAUCCCAUCUACCUCCAUGGGUCCGCGUGCUCCUGGUCGGAUACGUAGACUUCCUGCCCUUGAUCACCCGUCGCAUGGCGGCUCGCGGAUUUGCAGGACGGCAGCUCGACAUCGUCUAUGACUACUGGUCCCUCUAUGAAUCCGUCUCAGGGUGUCAGUGGUCGUACAUCCUGAAGCAUCUGGUGAAGGUGUUUGUGAAGAAGCGCCCUGGGAGGGCGAGGGAGGCCUUUCGGGGGAGGGAUCUCGUCAUCUGGAUCCCAUUGGAGCUGUGGGAGCGGUUUCUCCAGCCUGCUGAGAUGUGUUCGGUAUGCGGUCAUUUGGGGUGCGGGUAUCGCGAGCUCUGGAAAGAACGGCUUGACCAGUUGCGUUCUGUGAACGUGAGGAUUGAGGUGACGCUGGGUCCUCGUCCGGAACAUCAUGUCGAACGUCCAGGCCGCAUUUUCAGUCUAUGGGGGUAG